AUGGGGGCAGAACAAUCUAAUAACAAAAGUAGUAUUUUAAAAAAUAUCCAAUAUUUAACUGAAGGUAACCGGCCUAACGCUAAAUUAAUGUAUUUUGAUUAUUUGAAUUUUCUAAAAUAUGAGAUCGAUCAUGAAGCAUGGAAAUGGGAAAUAUAUAAAAAAAAUAUCACUAAUAGUGGUAAACUUACAGAGCAACAAUUAUUUUGCGGAUGGAAACAAAUACAACAAAAAAUAUUCGAUAAAGUCAAAAGUAAACUAAUGUCUCCAAAUAGAAACAAGUAUAAAUGGGAAAAUGAUGUAGAACCACUAAUAGAUAUUAAAGGAAAAACAGUAUUAGGCAUUGAAAACUGUAAUACAUUAAGUGUAACUAUUAAAAAAGAUAUACCAGAAUUAGACAAUAAUAGUGGUAUCCAAAUUAUAAGUUCACCUACUAAUUGUAAUAGUUUAAAAACUGCACCAAAUUUACAUAUACCUCUACGUAGACGAGCAUUGUUAGUUGAAGGAAUAUAUAAAUAUCUGGAAGAAAUUAAUCAGAAAAUUACCAGCAGAGAUAGUUUACAAGAUGUGCUAGAGGGUAAAAUAGACGCCAAAACUAAAAUAGGAGACGUUGCAGUUGGUCUUAAAAAAGAUAUGAUUGAGGGGUUAAGUACUGAAUUUAGCAAACUUAUAAAACAAAAACAUAAUAAUAAUCAUGAUGCGUUUUGUAAAGAAUGGUAUCUAAGUAUGGAAGAUUACCAUACAUUAUUCUUAGGAGACGAUGUAGUUGAGGAAAAUGAAACUAAAGGAAUUCAAUGUCUAAUAGAACAAAUUGAAACCAAGGUAAGAGAUAAACAGACAUUUAAACAACGAUGGAGUUCUCAUUUUAAAACUAUUGUACAAGAUUUGCAAAAAACACAUUUCAAAGACCCAACUAAGGGAACACCUUGUCAAAUUGACAAAAGAGAGAAAACCCAAUGUAUUCGUUUUCUUGAAGAAUGGGCUGAAGAGUUUUGUUUACUCAAACGUGAUUUAGGCCAAAUGUUGGUGGAUGAGUGUGGAAAAACAACACCUGGAAAAAGUUGUGAAGGUCUAUGUGAUAUAUAUAAAACGUUAAUAGACGUAUCUAAACCGUAUUAUGAGAAUUAUAAGGAAACAUGUAUGAAAGCAGAAUAUGGAUAUGAUCAAAACAAAAAGGACUUACUAGAUGGUUUCAUAGAUGCAGUUAGUAGAAGUAUGGAUCAAUGUUGUAAAGAUAAUGGUGACUGUAACGACAAAGAAUUAUUUGAUCUUACUAAUGAUAAAAGUAAUAUAAGAUAUAACUGUAUGUGCAAGGAAGGAACACAUACAAGUACGAGACAUACAAACGCAGAUUGUCAAAGAGUCAUAAAUGCUCAUGGUACUGUCGCUGGCCAAGCGGUUCCUCCACCCGCACUUAGUUCUUCGUCACAAAGUGUUGGUGCUGCUAGUGCCGCGUGUGGCACAAACAAAAGUGGCGUAUCUGUAAAUACUAUAGCAACUGUUAUUCAGACGACGACACAAUCGGAAUCAAAACAGGGUGGUAAUGUUGGUCAUGUUAAUGAGGGGGAAUUAAAAGCUGAAUUAAAUCAAGCAAAAUUUAAAAAUGGUAGUGCAACAGAUGUGGGUGGAGAUGCUUGCAAACUGGACAAAGAAAAACAUACGAAUGAUAAACGUGAUAAAAAUGAGAGAACUGAAGGUCCGUGUCAAGGAAAAGGAGGAGGUGACGGUAUUAACACAAGAUUUGAAGUAGGAACACAAUGGAAAGCGGACGCAGCCGGUAUGCAUGACAACCAUCAAGAUGUUAUAAUGCCUCCACGUCGUCGUCAUAUAUGUACUUCGAAUUUAGAAAACCUGGACAUGAAUAGCCAAGGACUUAAAGGUAAGAGUGCCAAACACACAUUAUUGGGGGAAGUAUUGCUUUGUGCAAAAUAUGAAGCAGAAAAAAUAAUAGAACAGUAUAAAGAUAAGAAUAAAGAUAACAAUGGAAACGAUAUUCUAAAAGACCCAAAUCAUCAACAGACAAUAUGUCGAGCAAUGAAAUCUAGUUUUGCAGAUAUUGGGGAUAUUAUAAGAGGAAGAGAUAUAUGGGUAAAAGAACAAGGUAAUAAAGAUAUUCAAGAAAAUUUGAAAACAAUAUUUAAAACCAUUAAAGACAACGCUACUCAAGGAACUACGUAUUCCACUGAACAGGCCCCAUAUACAAAAAUUCGUAAUGAAUGGUGGGAAACAAAUCGUGACAAAAUCUGGGAGGCUAUGAAAUGCGCAGGAAAAACAGAUAAUUUAAGUGGAGAAUGUCAAUACAAUGCUCCUACUAGUGGUACUGGUCCUGGUCGUCGUCCUCGCCCUCCUGGUGUUAAUUCCACCCCUUUUGAUGACUACAUCCCGCAACGUCUACGAUGGAUGACCGAAUGGGCCGAGUGGUACUGCAAAACACAAAAGAAACACUAUACUGAUUUAGUGGGGGCGUGUAGUGAGUGUAAAAAUGGUAAUAACAGUAAAUGUGAUAGCACCAAAUGUAAACAAUGCCAAGAUAAAUGCAAAGCAUAUAGUGAAUUUAUUACAAAAUGGAAAGAAGAUUGGGAAAAACAAAAAGAACAAUACCAAGAAUUAUACGAUAAAGCAAAAAAUAAUAAUGGUACUGGUAAGGAUGAAAAUGAGAAAUAUCUAUACCAAUUCUUAAAGAAAUUACAAACAGCAAAUAGUGGCAAUACCACGUAUGAUAGUGCAGCGGGGUACGUACAUCACAUACUUAAAGAUAUGGAGUGUCAGGGACAAAAAUAUUUUUGUGGAAAUAGUGGUGACGCAGAAAAUGUGUUCCGUAAUUACCCUAGUGAUUAUGUGACGGCAUGUAGUUGCGAUAGUUCGACGCCAUGUCAAAUAGUGGGAGACAUAUUUAACGAGUAUGAGACAAAGAAAAAAGUGGGUGAAUGUAAUCAAAAAUUUGAUCCAGCAAAAGCAACGACUAAUCCUUAUCCAGGGUGGAAAUGUGAUGCAAAUCAGUUUGAAAGUGGUCGUGAGGACGGUUGUAUUCCUCCUAGAAGACAAAAACUAUGUUUACACUAUUUAGCAGAUACUACGCAAACAUCAAAUAUAACUAAACCCGGAGGUUUGAAAAAUGCUUUUAUAAAAUGUGCAGCUGCUGAAACUUUUCUUCAUUGGAAAUAUUAUAUAGAACAUGGUGAUGGAAAAGGUAAAAAUGUAGAUACAGAAUUAAAAACGAAUGGAACUAUCCCUGAUGAUUUUUUACGUUCUAUGAUGUAUACUUUUGGUGAUUAUAGAGAUUUAUGUUUAAAUAAGGAUAUAAGUAAAAAAAAAAAACCCAAUAAUAAGGAUAAUAAUGAUGUGGGUAAUGCAAUAGAUAAUAUAACUAAUGCUUUGAAAAAAAUUAAUGGCCAACCAAAUGGUCCAGAACCUACUGAAUCUACACGUCAAUCCUGGUGGGAAACUAACGCCCCACAUAUUUGGGAAGGGAUGUUAUGUGGGUUAUCACAUGCUGCGGGUCCUAGUGAAAAAGACACUGUACAAGGAAAACUUAAAACCACAUACAAGUUUGACGAAGUGAUGUUUGAUACCACCACUGGCGGUAGUACCACUGGUGGCACGUCGUUACCACAGUUUGUAUCUCGGCCUCAGUUUUUGCGCUGGAUGACCGAAUGGGGGGAACACUUUUGUAAAGAACACAAAAAGGAGUUUGAGACACUAAGUACGGCAUGUGAGAAAUGUAAUGCUACUCCUGGUAAGGAUGGUAAAUCAACCUGUGAUAAAUAUGGACCAGAAUGUUCAGGAUGUGCAGAUCAAUGUAAAAAAUAUAAAGAGUUUAUUGAUAAGUGGAAACCUGAUUAUGAAAAACAAAAAAAAAAAUACAAAACAGAAAGAACUAAACCUCAAUAUACAACUGCUGAUAGCGAUGUCAAUAACGCAGAAGAAGCUCAUGACUACAUAAACAAACAAAUGCAAAAAAUAUGUAACAGUGGUACUCAUAUUAGUUGUGAUUGUAUGAAAGAAAAGUCACAAAAACCACCAAAUAGUGUUAUGCCCCAAACGUUGGACCAAUACCCACCUGGUAACUACGAGAAUCAGUGUGAAUGUGAACAAAAACCCCCUACACCACCCACAUGUACGGGAAAUAAAAUUCUUGAUGCGGCAAACCACCUACAGUACGUGGCCGAGUUGAGUGUGGUUGGUAGUAAUUUGAGGGGCGAUUUGUCGAAAGCAGAAUUUAGAAUUAAAAAUAAUAGUGGACCUAAACUGGAGAGCAACGAUUAUUGUAAAUUUAGAAUAGAAAAACAUACGAAUGAUGUUCGAAGCUAUACUCCUAAAUCUACUCCUAGUACAGGUGAACAUCAUGGUCCUUGUACUGGAAAAGGUAAAAAACAAGGAGAACAAAGAUUUAUUAUUGGAGAUAAGUGGAAACCUGGUGGCACGGAUAUGCGUGAUGGACAUAACGACGUUUUAUUGCCCCCAAGAAGACAACAUAUGUGUACCUCAAAUUUAGAAAAUCUAGAUCUGGACGAUAAAGCGAGCGGUCUCCUUGGCGCUAGUGUUAAUGACUCGUUCCUUGGUGACGUGUUGCUUGCCGCCAAAUAUGAAGGCGACGAUAUUGUCGAAAAACAUCUAAGUAAAGGUGAUAAAUCAGGCAUAUGUAAUGCUAUGAAGUACAGUUUUGCCGACCUAGGGGACAUAAUUAGGGGGAAAGACAUAUGGAGUGGUAACCACGAUAUGAAGCAGUUGGAACAACACUUGGAAAAAAUAUUUGAGAAAAUUUACGAAAAACAUGAUGGAAUUAAAAGCAACAAAAAAUAUCAAAGUGGUUCCAGUGAAACCCCCAAAUACAAAACCUUGAGGGAACAUUGGUGGUCGGCCAACCGCGACCAGGUGUGGAAAGCACUAACAUGCAAUGCUCCCGCGGAGGCAGAUCUAUACAUACCAUCACCACCUGGUGGUACCACUACAAAAAAGUGGGAACGUUAUAAGUGCGGCCGCGAGUCGUACGUCCCGCCCGACGAUUAUAUUCCACAACGAUUGAGAUGGAUGACUGAAUGGUCCGAAAGUUAUUGCAAACAACUAGAAAGGAAUUUUUGGUGGGUCAAAGCAUUUUGUCACGCGUGUCAAAAGAAUAUAGCCAAAGGGAAAUCGGAUACCACUGUGUGUGAGCGAUGUAGAGCUAACUGUAAAGUUUAUAGUCAACACGUUAAAGAUUGGCAAGGUGAUUGGGAAACACAAAAAAAACAAUAUGAAGAAUUAUACCAAAAAAAAAGUGGUGGUAAUACUGAUGAUAUUAAAAAAGAACAUGAACAAUUUUUAGAAAAAGUAAAAAACAACAACAAAAGCCUUUGUGAUGGUAACAAUAACGACAAUAGUGAUUACAAAACCCUAUCUGACUAUGUUACAUCUAUGGGAGGAAGUACUUAUUGUAAUGAUACAACGCAAAAAAAAUUUGAUAACACUAAUAGUAGUGAUGAGAAAAGUGUAUUUAAGGAAAAACCUAAAGAUUAUGAAGGGGAAUGUAAAGAGGAAAAGAAACCAAAGACACCUACGACGACACCUGGAGUACCAGGAUUUCUCCCACCCAAAUCCAAAACAAAUCCUGAAGAUAUAUGUAAAACGGUGAAAGACUGUAUUGAGGAAAAUGAAGGAAAAAGAAAAAGCCAGAACGGAGAUUGUAAUCCAAAAAUAACAGGUGCAAACGACACAACAUAUCCUAAAUGGGAUUGCGAAAAUAAUCAAGGUUUAAUAGGUGAUAGUGAUAAAGGAGCAUGUAUGCCUCCUAGAAGACAGAAAUUUUGCAUACAUUAUUUGAAAGAAUUGAAGAGUACUGAAUCUAAAGAAGAAUUGAAAGAUGCUUUUAUAAAAUCUGCAGCUCUAGAAACAUAUUUUGCUUGGGAUAAAUACAAAAAGGAUAAAAAAAAUGAAGAUCCUUCAGCAGAAACAAAACUUGAUGAACAAUUAAAAAAUGGUAUUAUCCCUGAAGAAUUUUUACGUUCAAUUUUUUUUACAUAUGGAGAUUUCAAAGAUUUAUGUUUAGAUAAAGAUAUAUCAGAAAAAAAUUCAGGUGAUGUUCAGAAGGCAACAAAGAAUAUAACUGAAAUUUUGAAAAACAAUGGUGGAAACACUGACGAAAAACGUAAAGAAUGGUGGGAUAAAAACGGUCUAGAUAUAUGGCAAGGAAUGUUAUGUGCCCUAUCACAUGGUACGAGUGAGAAAAGCGCACAAAGUGAAAUUCAAAAAAAACUUAACAAUAAUUACAAAUAUGAUCCUGAAGAUUUAGAUAAGGGAAUUGCUAAAUAUGUCCUCUACAGUCAUACAACUCCUCAGUUUUUACGUUGGUUUACUGAAUGGUCAGAAGAAUUUUGUGAACAACAAAGAAAACAGUUCGCACAAUUAUAUAGUAAAUGCAUGAAAUGUAAGAUUAAAACUAGUAACCAAAAAGCAUGUGAGAAAAAAGACGACUGUACAGAAUGCCAUGAUCAAUGUCCAAAAUAUACAUCUUUUAUUAAAAAAUGGAAACGUGAUUGGGACAAACAAAACCAACAUUAUAAUAAGGUUAAAAAACAAGACGAAUAUAUGUAUGCUCCUUUUGUAGAUGAGGACAACCACGCAUAUGAAUAUUUGUACCAAUCGCUGGAAUUACUUGGAUUACAUAAUAAUUGUAUGCAAGAAAAAACGUCACAAAAAACGUCACCUAGUGGUGACAAACUCCCCGCAUCGUUAGAUGAUCUACCAAAAACGGAAUACCAAGAGAAGUGUGAUUGUCAGGAGGACACAACAAAUAGUGGUACAUCACCUAGUGGGAAACCAGAUGGUAGUGGCCCACCAACACCUGGCGGUGGCGGUGAACCCAAACCUAUGCCAAACCCGGAUCCGAGUCAUCCGGGAUCAACACCUAGUAGGACGGGAACACAGUGUGAAAUAGACAAAUAUGUUACGGACAAUGAUAGCACAAGAAGAACUAGUGGGGGUGGUUGCAAUGAAAAAAAGGACGAAAGUUGGAAAUGUGAUGCAGGUCAGUUUAAAACUGGUAUUGAUGGACCGUGCAUGCCUCCUAGAAGACAAAAAAUGUGUAUUCAUUAUUUACAAAAUUUGAAUACUGUAACAGGUAAUACAGAAGAAGAAAAAUUAAAGAAUGCUUUGAUGAAAUCUGUAUCGCUAGAGACAUAUUUUUUAUGGAAAAAAUAUAAAGAAGAUAAAGAAAAAGGAACUCCACCAAAAAGCAAAGAUGAACUAGAAAAAGAAUUAAAAACUGGAAAAAUUCCUCCUGAUUUUUUACGAAUGAUGUUCUACACGUUAGGAGAUUUUAAAGAUUUCAUAACAGGAGAAGAUUUAGGUAAACAUACAAAUAAUAAAGAUAUAGGAACAAAAGUAAAAGCAAUAUUAGGUAAACAAAAUAGUGUCCCCAAAGAACCUGAAGAUUGGUGGGAUACUAUUGAGGAAAAAGUCUGGAAUGCAAUGUUAUGCGCCUUAACACAUGGUAUGAAUGACAAAGACAGGGUAAAAGAACAACUGGAAAACCAAAACAACUACAAAAGUGUCAAGUUCGGUGAUGGUACCACUGGUGUGAAGUUAUCCACUUUUGUGGCUCGACCACAAUUUUUGAGGUGGCUCACCGAAUGGUACGACGAUUAUUGCAAAGAAAAACACACAAAAUUGGAAGAGGUAAAAAACACAUGUAAACCACAAGGUGGUAAAGAACUCAAAUGUGAUGGUGACUGUGAAACUAAAUGUAAAGAUUACACAGAAUUUAUGAGUGAGAGAAAAGGACAUUGGGAAAAACAAAGUAAAUACUAUGAACAACAACAACAACAACAAAAAAGUGUACAAACAAAUGGAUAUACUGAAAAUGAUGCCAAAGAAUACUUAAAAGACAAAUGUAAAUCUUUCACAUGUGGUGACAAACAACAAAGUGGUGCCACACCAUCACCUAGUGGUACCAACCAAGUGGAAGAAAACAUCACCGCGUUGACACAAAUACCACCACAACCAUAUUAUGAUGCCGAUGUGUAUUGUGGGUGCAAGAAAUUUAUAGGAGACGACAACAAUUAUGGGGAUAUUUCGGGGAAAAGUAAUUGCGAUGGUUUACAAAAUAAAGUAAAUGGAACACCUGGGAUUAAAUGGAUAAACAGUGAAAUGGCAGGAAAUCAGUAUUUGACGCAACGUGGAUUGACUAAACAUGAAUAUGUACCUCCUAGGAGACAACAUAUAUGUUUUCAUGAACUUGACAGCACAUCUGGUCAAGUUAAUAGUAAAGAAACGUUACAAAAACAAUUAAUGAAAGAUGCAGCAACAGAAGGGUACAAUUUAGGACAAUAUUAUAAAGAAAAAGAAAAGGAAACAGAUGAACAAAAAGCAAAAAAAUAUGCUUACGACGUCAGUCCAUGUAGUGCAAUGAAAUAUAGUUUUCUUGAUUUAAGAGAUAUAAUAUUAGGAACAGAUAAUUUAGAAGAUCCAAAACAGGGUACCGAAAUAAAUUUGAAUAAAGUAUUUAACAGUGGAAGCCAAACAAAGAGUGGUGAUCCCGGUAGUCAGGAACGUAUAACCUGGUGGAACGAUCACCAGAAAUGUGUAUGGGAAGCAAUGAAAUGUGGAUAUAAAAGUGGUAGAGAUGGAAAUAGUGGUACCAACAAUAGUGAUGACGACCUAGCAAAGUGUACCACUAUGCCUAGUGAUACCGACUAUCCCGUGGCAGACACACGUGAUAGUGGCAAAAACUACCAAUUUUUACGAUGGUUUGCCGAAUGGGGCGAAGACUACUGUGGUCACUACAGGAGGGAGUAUAAGAAAUUACAAGAUGCGUGUACGAGUUGUGAGGUCAAUAAUGGUACAUCUGGUGGAACUAAAGCAACAUGUAAAACCGACUGUAAUAAGUGCCAAAACCAAUGUGCAGAAUAUAAAACAUUUAUUGAAAAAUGGAGUGAUCAAUAUAAUAAACAAAAGAUAAAAUAUAGUCAGCUUCAAGGACAAAAACCAUAUAAGAAUGAUCCGGCCGUGAGUGGUUCAACCCAUGCCUAUGAAUAUUUGAACAAAAAAAUAAAAAAAUUUUGUAAAAGUGGUACUAAUAUAAGUUGUGAUUGCAUGAAUACUGUGUCGUCACAACCCCAACCUAGUGGUAACAUCCCCUCAUCGUUGGAAUAUCCCCCAAGUGGGUAUGACCAGAAGUGUGGGUGCGACAAUAAAGUGGUACCACCUACGCCAAGUCCACAGGGGCCACCUGGGCCACAUACACCAGGACAAGACACUGGUCAAACAACUGGUCAAACCAACACAACAAAUGGACAAAACCCCAAACAAGACCCUGAUUCAUCUGGUGGUCAAAAACCUGUUCCCGAUCCUGGUAGUUCUCGAAGUGAUCCAAAAAAAAAAAAUUCGCCACCACAAAAACCUGAUGACAAAGAUUUGGAGAAAUGUCCUGAUACUAAUCAGUCAUACUGUAAUUAUUAUGGAAAUAAUAGAAGAUAUCAAUGUAGAGGAAAAGCACUUAAUAAAGAUUUAAAUGCUUGGACAAAUAGACAAGUAAAAGUUCCUAAAGGUAAAAGUACAGAAAUUUUAGUUCCUCCUAGAAGAAGACAAUUAUGUAUUGGUGAAUUAAGAAAGUUAAGUGGUCGAUCCCCAAAUAAAGAAAAAUUGAAGGAAUAUCUUCUUCAUACUGCAUACAAUGAAGCAAAACAAUUAUCUGCAUAUUAUGGUAACGAUCAUACAAAACUGUUAGAUGCAAUGAAAUAUAGUUUUGCUGAUUAUGGAAAUAUUAUUAAAGGAGAUGAUAUAUUUGACGAUUUAGAACUUGUAAAAAAACAAUUAUAUGAAAUUUUUAAACAAGAUAAGAAUGGAAAUGCAAAUGGAAAUCCAACUGAAAAUCGUAAGGAAUGGUGGGAAGAAAAUAAAAAACAUGUAUGGCACGUUAUGUUAUGUCAUUAUGAGGGAACUGAUAAAGACCAGUAUUGUGAUGAAUAUAAAAAUAUUGAAGAAAUUCCUCAAUUUCUACGCUGGUUAGAAGAAUGGGCUAAAGAAUUUUGUGAUGAAAAAGUAAAUUUAGCAAAAAAUGUUGUAGAACAAUGCUUAAAAAAACUUCAAAACCAGAAUCUUACCAAAAUUAGUGAGAUACAAAACAAACAAUGCCAACAAUUAUUGAAAAAAUAUAAAGAUUGGUACCUUAAAAGAAACGAUCAAUGGAAAGGAUUACAAAACGAAUAUGCAAACUAUAAAAAAAAUAAUGGUUCGUCAAAGAUAUUACCACCAUCAGAGGCAGAUGCCGAAACAUAUCUGAAAACAAAAUGUGUUAAAUGUGAUUGUAACUAUAAUGAUUUAAAAAAAAUAUCUGAUUAUCAAGAAAAAAAAAAAGAGGAAGAAUUAUUGAAAGAAUUAACUUUAACAGCUAAAAUUGAUAGUAUUGUUCCUGAGGAAACAGCCACUUAUAAAAUUUUAACUCUUGGUGGAAAGGGACCAGAAAUUUUAAAAAAUGUUAUUGAAGGUACUCCAAAAAUAAUUUCUGAGGCUACUGACUUUGCAAAAGAUGUUGGAAAACAAGCAGCUCUUGACGUUGCACAAAAUGUAAUACCAGUUGGUAUACUAGCUGGAAAAUACCUUUUAGGUGGACUAGACAAUAUGUUGAAAUCAAUUAAAAAUAGUUCCCAACAGACGACAAAGGACCAGUCACAGAGUAGCAACACGUCACCACAAUCCCCCCUAGAACCCUCUACCCCAUCAUCAAGUGGAUCACAAAACCCAUCAAAACCUAGUGUUACCCCCCCAAAUGUGGUGACAUCUACCAUUCCUCCUGUGGGGAUAAGUUUUUUUUUAGGAGCGAUUGCUUUGUUAUUUUAUUAUAUGAAG